AUAUUUUUUUUCUCCUGUGAAAUAAACAUAAUAUAAGAAUUCAAUAUUGUGAAAUGUGAAUGACGAAUGUGAAAGAUGUGAACGAUAUGAAGUGAACGCUGAACAAUAUGUCAGUAUCCUAUAUUGAUACGUUAUGUGUGUGUUUAAUAAAACAAUUAUUGCUUAAAUUAUUUAAUUAUGGUAGAAAAUUAAGCAAGUAUUACCAUUUGAUUGUAAUUAAUUCACAAUUUAAAUUUAAAACAAUAGCUUAUUAAUUGCUGUUACAUUAAAAUUAAACCAUUUAAUAUUAGGUACAUAUUGUGUCCUAUUACAUUUUGUGUAAGACAUUUUUUUGUUAUACCAGUUAGUAUUUUAGUAAUACCAUAUUUGUUUAUAAAACAAUUUAUUACAUUAAAGCUGAAUGUAUCAGCUGCAUUUUAUCUGACAAAAUAAAAUAGUUAUGGUAGACACUCAGAGUUUAGAAACAAAUAGAUUGCCAACAACUAUAAUGAACAACAGUACUUCAGUAGAUGAAGAACAUGUAUGUAAACUGGUUCUUUACAUGGAAAUACCAAGUAUCAACGUUCGUGUAUGGGAUGUAGCAAUACUUAUUCCUAACUUAAUAUUCAUGAUGUACUUAGUGACCAAGUUUAGUCGUGCAAGAUUAAAACUUCGAGCUGCUAAUAGCCCAAUUUUUUUUACAUUCUACUGUUUGGUUUUGUUCAAUGUAUUUACAAGUAUACUAAGAUGCCUAAUUUCAAUGACUCUCAAUUUUAGUAACUUGGCUGCUGAUUCCAUCAAUAUAACGCUUUGGAUUUUAGUCAAAUGUUUCUUUUUGGCUACAGAAAUGAGUGUAGUAGUCUUUGCCUUAGCUUUUGGUCAUAUGGAAAGUAGAAGCAGCAUAAGAUAUGUACUAAUCACAACAUCAUUUAUCUCGUUAGCUUAUUCGGCUAGUCAAGGAGCCUUGGAAAUUUUUAUGCCAGACUCCAUUUUUAGAAUCAACUCUAAGGAUUUAAAUUUGUUUGGUCACGGUGGUAUUGUAUUUUGGUUAAUAAGUUCUGUCGUUUUUACUAUGCUGUAUUUGCUCAUUCUGGUAUUGCCUCAGACUAGACUUCGAGAGAAACUUGCAUUACCAGUUAAUCGGUCAUUUUAUGUAUAUGUAUCACUUUUAGCAAAUUUAAAUGGUAUUGGCUCUAUUGGUUGUGCAUUUUUAUUACUAAAAAUUACAGAAGGACUUUGUAUUGUUGAUGUUACAACAUUUUUAUAUUUUACACUAUUUACUCCUCUUGUCUACAUAACAUUUUUGAGCUCAUUCUUUAGUGUUUCACAAUCAAGUAUUAUGUUUUCUUAUAAAGCACAAAAUGAUGAUCGUGUUGAAGAAGAUACUGUGUCAUUACCUCAUCAACCAUCAUUUUCAUCUUUAAAAACUGAUUCAGAUUAUAUUUAUCAGACGGAUAAUAUAUACAACAACACUCGUUUUUCUGUUAGUGAUAGACAAAUAGCAAAUCCGUUGUACAAUGCUUCGUUACAAAGUCCUGAUAGCAUUACUGGUUAUAGCAUGGAUGAGCAAACUAUUGACAUUGAAGAACAAAAAAAGUAAUAAUGUAUAUAGUUUUAGAAUAUUUUUCUGGUGUUCCUGUGUUUGCUUUAUUAUUUUAAUAUUUUUACUACCUAGUAUGUUAAGUUGUGUUAUAGAUAAUUGUAUAAUAUAUAAACUUAGUCAAUUUAAUUAAUUGGUGAAAUAACCAUCACAAUUUUAAAUUAUUCAAUUAUUUAUUUAUUACUUAAUCUUCUGUUCUUUUUUUUUUAAUUUUAUUUAAUUAUAGAUUUAAAACGUUCUAUGGAGUAUUACAUAAUUUUAUAGUACAAUAAAUUGUGAUUUAUGUUUGUUUAA